CCAUAUUCGCAGUUCGAAAGAUUUCCUUAUAGAAUUAAUUUGCGAAAAUUUUUUCGCUAAAUUCGCAAAUUUCGGACCCUUGAUUCGGACCCCUGAAAUUUCUUUUUCGCGAAAAUUUCCUCCAUAAAGGUAGUAUUUGGAAACUAACCAAAUCAUUUAACCAUUUUCUACGUAUUACAAAAGAUAUAAUAUCUUAUCCUUCUUGUGAGAAGUGUGUUGUUUACAUUGUCAACUACCAAAUUUUUAAGACAUUCAGAGUUGGCUCGGUGUGUAACACAAAGUAAAAGUCAUUCCACUAUUUUUUUUUUUUUUUUUUUUUUUUACAUUUAGACAUUUUCCUUUUACUUGAAAACACCGAACAUUAUGAAUAUGGGGAAUAUUUAUUCUAUAAAUUUAUUUAUUUUCAUAGUGAAUUUUACUUAUUUACUAUUUUUCAUCAAACGCAGUAAUGUAGUAGUCAAACAGCAUUUUCACCCAUUCACAUUGUAACUUUAGACAAUGUUUUUUACUCUUAAUGUAUAAAUAAGACAUUUUAAGAUUUGUUUAAGUUCACGUAUGUACCACGUCAGGUUACUUAAUAUCAGUUGAUAUGGCGUGAUUUUGAAGUUGUUUUUGUUUUUAAAAGUUUACUUUAGAUGACUUCCAUAACUGCAGACUCGAAAAAAACUUUUGAGUCGAUCAAGAAAUUUCAUGAUACUCUAAUACAUAUGUAUGGUACUACCCAGAGUAUCAUUCUGCAAAAUACACGAGGAGAUAUUACGAGGAAUAUAUCAACUUCUUUGGAUCUGUUUACUUAUUUGCAGCCAAAGUGUGAGGAGUUGAGAUUGAUGUUGGUGUAUCUGAAAAGUCAAGCUGAAUUAAACAAAGAUGGGGGUUUGUAUACCGCUUUGCUAUCGUCCAACUUGAUGCUGAAAUUGCAUUCUGAAGACAUACCACAUGCUGUUGUGAUGGCAACAAUGGAUUUUCUGUUGUCCAAGGUGACGCAAUUUGUUAAUAAUUUAGAAGCGAAAAUUAAUAUUUGUAGGAUGACAGACGUGUUUCUUAUUAUUAGACCUAUCGUCACUUCGAAAGUUACUUUAAAACGCGAUGAGCUGCAACAUAUAAGUUUGCUGUUCGCAAAGAUAUUUGCAAAGUCUUUAAACCCUAGUAGCGAUGUGCAGGUGAUACUAAACGAAUCAUCAAAUAUCAUGUGUAGUUCUAUUUACGAUGGAGUUCUUCUUCCCUUGGAACGGUAUGUUGAUAAAACCUCACUUCCUGUCGGUAUUGGUGUUAUUUUGAUUACUGUUUCAAUAGCCUUAGAUUCUGAAGAAUUUUUAACUAAUCCAGGCUCCAAUGUAAUUAUCGAAUCUACAGAUGAUUUUAAAAGUAAUAUAAUGCAAACACUUAUGAAGUUUUGUGAUCAGAUUAUUCCACACAUUGGUGUUGUGAUAUGUCAAAAGGUGGUGCAUCCACAGCUUAAGCGACACUUUAAAUUACACAACGUCCUGUGUAUUGAUAGAGUCGGCAGUCGUCUAGUACCGAACCUGGAGCAGGUGCUAAACUGCAAAGGUAUAUCAAGUCUAUCCAUCACCAACCCGGAAAAUUAUGUUGGGCGUCUUGAAAAUGGUGAAUUUUUAAAAAUUAAUAAGCGACAUUUCUUAAAAAUAAGCUGUUCGAAGAUUAAUUAUCUUAAUUCGCUUCUCUUGUGUGGAAAGAAUGAAGAAUUUCUUGAGACUUUAAAAUUUUGCUACUACGCAUGUAUGACGUCAUUGAAAUCUUUAGUAACGAACCCGGGUGUUGUUUAUGGAGCUGGCUGCACAGAAACUAUGAUUGCUAUGUAUUUGCGAAAUUUACUGUGUACUGAAGACGAAUUGAAAAGCGUAGACGUCUCGUCGUAUAUGCUGACGAAUCUGACGUACGUCGUUGUUCACUCGUUUUUGCGUGUGGCGUCAGCAGUUACGACGGAUAGUUAUUAUACACACUCGAUUGACGUGCAAACAAAUCACCAUUGGAUUAACAACGAGACAUCUGAAAGAUGUUGUUGUGGACUAAUUGAGAAAAAUAACCAAGAAUUCAUUUUAUUUACUGAGCUAUUAUUGCAAGCGGGGACACCACAUGAACGUAUUGACCUAUCUCAUGUACCUUCUUUCUCUACAAUAACGAACUCGCCUCUUGUUCACUCAAAAGAGAUUUAUUUGAGUAACACUGCAGCAGCCUUUCAACUAGCUAGUACUAUAUCACGUAUAGGAGUGAAAAUAAUUUCUUCGUAAUUGGUAUUUUAUAUAUGUGAGGCUUAUCUGUGAAGUAACGAGAGAUGUAAAUAGAAGAAAUGUAGAAAUAGAGAAUGUGAAUAAGGAUAAAAAAUUUAAAAUAAAAAAUGUCUUUCAUUA